AUGCCCCCCAAAUCGUCAGUCUCAGCAAAGGAAAACAGCCCCAAUUCUUCCCCGAAUCGUCUCCAUCAUUCUCUCGAUCCUUCAGUCAUACCAAUAUCAAUGGCGUCUUCUUCAACUUCAUUCGUUCAAAAGAGCUUUAAAUAUGAUGUGUUUUUGAGUUUUAGAGGUGAAGAUACUCGGGCAGUUGGAGAAGCCUUUGCGAAACAUGAAAAUGAAGAGGCUGCUGGGAAAUGGAGAAAGGCUUUGAAAGAAGCAGCUGAUGUGGCCGGUUGGGAGUUGAAGAACACCGAUGGGCAUGAAGCUAAAUUCAUCCGACAAAUUGUUGAAAAGCUUUCACUAGAUUUACGUUCCAUUAAUGUCUUCGUUGAUGAAAAGUUAGUAGGCAUGGAGACUCGGAUUGAUGAUAUUUUAUCAUCUUUAGAAAAUGCUUCUAAUGAUGUUUGCAUGAUCGGCAUCUGGGGGAUAGGAGGUGGUGGGAAGACAACAUUGGCCAGAGCUGUUUUUAAUAAGAUAUCUUUUCAGUUCGAAGGGAAAAGCUUCAUUGAAAAUGUCAGAGAAGUUUCAAAUGAUUCUUUGUCCGGUUUGAAAUUGUUGCAGAAGCGGGUCCUUUCAGAUGUCUUAAAUGAUCAAUACAUCAAAGUAGGCAGUGAAAAUGAGGGGAAGAAUAUGAUGUCUUGGAUGAUGUGUGGUAGAAAGGUUCUUCUUGUUCUAGAUGAUGUGGAUCAUGUAGACCAGCUUGAGGCGUUAGCCGGUAAACGUAAUUGGUUUAAGCCAGGAAGCAUAAUUAUCAUUACAACAAGAGAACAACAAGUGCUUGUAGCACAUGAAGUGAAGAUUUAUAAUCUCAAUUUGUUAUCGGAUAAGGAAGCAAUCUGCCUAUUCGGUAGAUAUGCAUUUGGGAAAGAGAUUCCAAUUCAAGGGUAUGAGGAGCUAUCAGGACAAGUUGUAUGUUAUGCUGCUGGUCUUCCCUUAACAAUCAAAGUUUUGGGUUCAUUUCUUUGUGGUAAAAGUAAACCUGAAUGGGUAGAUGCCCUAGCCAGACUAAAAACAAUCCCGUUAGAGGAAACUCAGAAGAAGUUGGAAUUAAGCUAUAUCGGUUUGGACGACGAACAUAAGGAAAUAUUCCUGGAUAUUGCAACCAUAUUAAAAGGUCGGUGGAAAAAAUCAGCAAUCCAAGCACUUGAAAGCUGUGGAUUUUAUGCUAUAAUUGGUUUAAAAAUUCUUGAGCAAAAAUCUCUCAUAACUAUUGGAAACGAUGAAUGUGUGGGCAUGCAUGACCAUUUAGAAGAAAUGGGCAGGAAUAUUGUUCGUCGAUCGCACCCCGAUAUGCCUAACAAACAUAGCCGAUUGUGGGAUAGAAAGGAAAUUGAAGAUAUAUUGGCCAAUGACAUGGGUACAGAAGCAACAAGAUGUAUCAAAUUCUACUAUAGGGGACUAGAUCCGCAAAUCAUUAUGAAAGGUCUUAGAAAGAUGAAGGAACUUCGGGUUCUUAAUGUGGCUGAUGAAGAAAAUUACUUGAAUCUGAAAAUUAAUAAACUCAUCCCAAACUGUCUAAAUGCUUUAGAAGUUCUGUGGUGUAAUUGGAAAUCUAAUAAAGCUAGCCUAUACUUUCCGAAUGUUUUACGAUAUCUACGUUGGCACAAGUACCCCUUUAGAUCUUUACCCAAAUCAUUUCAAGCAAAUAACCUUGUUGCACUUGAGAUGACUUACAGCGAUAUCAUACAACUUUGGGAAAGAGGAGAAAAAAAGGUUCUCAACAAGCUCAGAUUCCUCGACCUAAGUGGGCCAAAGUUGAGGUCCCUUGACCUUGGGUUGACUCCAAAUCUUGAGACAUUGAUGCUGGAGGGACUUGGAGAUGAACCUGGUGAUUUGGUAGAACUUUACAUGCCCGGUAGAUGUUUAAAACUCAGAUCCCUUGAACUUAAUCGUGUUAAGUUGAGGACGCUUGACCUUGGGUUGACUCCAAAUCUCGAGAAUUUGAUACUUGAAGAUUGUGAUUUGGUAGAACUUCAAAUGCCCGAUAGAUGUCUAAAUCUCACAUUCAUAUCACUCAUUAAUUCAAACCUCAGGACACUUGACCUUGGGCGGACUCCAAAUCUCGAGUAUUUAAGUGUUUUCCAUUGUAAUGAUUUGGAAGAACUUCACAUGGCUGAUGAAUAUUUAAAGCUUAGAUCCCUCCACCUUACUGGUUUAAAGCUGAGGACCCUUGACCUUGAGCUGAGUCCAAAUCUAGAGAGGUUGUAUCUUCUAAAAUGCAACAAUUUGGAAGAAAUUUACAUCACCGAAUGUCCAAUACUGACAUUCAUCAAUAUUCAGUGUUCAAAGUUGAGGACCCUUGACCUCAGUCGGGUUCCCAAUCUCAGUGAGUUGUGUAUUUCUGAAUGCAAAGCUUUGGUAGACCUUCACUUGCCCCAUAGAUGUCUAAAUCUCAGGUCUCUCAAUUUCAUUAAUUCAAAGCUGAGGAUUCUUCACCUUGGGCUCACUCCAAAUCUUGAGGAGUUAGAUCUUGAAAAUUGUUAUGAUUUGGAAGAACUUCGCCUGGUCAAUCAAUGCCAAAAGCUUGUGUCCCUCAACAUUUGUCAGUCAAAGUUGAGGACCUUUGACCUUGGGCUGACUCCAAAUAUCGAGAAGUUAGUUCUUAAAGAUUGUCAUAACUUGGUAGAACUUCAUGCUCCCAUUGGAUGUCUAAAAAAGCUUGUCUACUUAGACUUAAGUGGUUGUUUGAGGUUUAGAUCUUUUUCAUUUCACAUGGAGGAUGAUACUUCAUGUAGUGAGGAUGAAUCACUCGAGGUUGAUUUUUUAGCUGUGAUACGUUUUACCUUUGAAAGUUGCCCAUUUCACCCUGAAACUCAUUUGCCAGAGUAUGAGUUUAAAUCUUUUCAUAUAGAAGAUUUACCCUCAUUGACUAGAAGUAUUGAGAAGCUUAUUUCUGAAGGAGGUCCAAGAUGAACUUGAAAGCGAACUUCUUGUGUUCUCCCAACUUAUCAAAAUUUCAGUUUGUGUGUUUGAUCAGUACUCUCUACAUUCUCAAGGAUGGCUGUUGUCAUUUUUUUUUGUGGAUGUGAGUCAGCAAGUAGUACGCUUAUCGUUCAAUGAUGUAAGAUAUCAUUUGCCAUCCUCAC